ACACAUCAUCUCUGACACUGGAGUUUGAACACAAAUAUAUUACAUGCCCGGUUGAUGCAUUAUCAGUAUGUGGGAAUGGGUCACGAUUGACAGCUGAAAAGAGGAAAAAUGCUUCGGGUGUGUGGAAUAUUUGCACUCUUUAGUCUAUGUCUCCUUUUCUUGGCUCCACCAUGCAGUGGAGGUAACAUACUAGUAUUUCCUGUUGAUGGAAGCCACUGGAUCAAUAUGAGGAUUAUUCUAGAAGAACUUCAUGCCAGGGGACACAACAUAACUGUGAUCAGGGCUUCCAGCAGCUGGUACAUUAAAGAGAAGUCUCCUCUCUACUCAUCCAUCACCCUUGAAAAAGAAGAGGCCAUUGAAGAUUUUUUCGAUGCGUUCAUAAAGGAGCAAAUUAAGGUGCAGCGAGAAGGCGCAUCAUUGUCAUCUUUCUUCAGGCUCAACAAAGACUUUCUUUCAAUGAUCACUCACGCUCAUGUAUUGUGGUGUAAUGCUACAAAAGAUGUUUUUGAGAAUGAGAGCUUGGUAAAGCAAAUAUUUGAUUCAAAGUAUGAUCUGAUUCUGACUGAUCCAGCAAUGAGUGCUGGGCUUGUACUCGCAAAAUAUUUUAAUCUACCUGUGGUACUCAAUGUGCGCUGGAUCACCAGUGGAGAAGGUCACUUUGUUCUGGCUCCUUCUCCACUUUCUUAUAUCCCAGUACCAGGGUCAGGCUUAACAGAUAGGAUGAACUUUAUUCAAAGGCUCAAAAACAUAUUUUUUCUUGGCAUCAUAAAGUUUCAACAAUGGGUUAUGGUGGGACCCAUCUAUGAUGAGUUCUGCAGUAAGUACAUAAAGGGUGGAUGUGAUAUUGUCUCUCUGCUUCAGCAAGCAGACAUUUGGCUUUUCAGAUCUGAUUUUGUGUUUGACUUCCCUCGACCCACCAUGCCAAACAUGGUCUACAUCGGAGGAUUCCAGUGCAAACCAGCUGAACCUCUGCCGGCAGAUCUGGAGAAGUUUGUUCAAAGUUCUGGAAAACAUGGAGUGAUAAUCAUGACUUUGGGAACAUUGGUUAAUGCUCUCCCGAAAGAUGUUGCAGAUGAGAUAGCCACAGUCUUUUCCAAGAUGCCCCAGAAGGUGAUAUGGAGACACAAAGGGGACCAUCCGUCUACACUGGGCAAUAACACUCUCAUAGUGGACUGGAUGCCACAGAAAGACCUCCUUGGUCAUCCACAGGUUAAAGUCUUUGUAGCUCAUGGAGGAACCAACGGAGUCCAAGAGGCCAUUUACCAUGGAGUCCCAGUGCUGGGCAUCCCACUGUUCUUUGAUCAGUACGACAACCUGCUACGUUUGCAGGAAAGAGGAGCUGGAAAAAUCAUUCAACUUUCUGACUUCAGUGGCCACACCUUUGAAGAAGGUCUUAAAGAUCUGCUCCAUGAUAGUAGCUACAGGCAGAACAUUCAAAGACUUUCUCGUUUGCACAAAGAUAAGCCGAUGUCACCCAUGGAUCAGGCUAUUUUCUGGAUAGAGUAUGUGAUACGACACAAGGGGGCUCGCCAUCUGAUUUCUGAGGCUUACAAAAUGCCUUGGUAUUCAUAUCACAGUUUAGAUGUUCUCUUACUGCUUCUGGCUGUACUAAUGGUACUGCUUUACUCUAUUUAUGCUGUUUUCAGAUUUCUGUGCUGCAGAAGGAAAAGAAAGACAAAAACUAAACAAAAUUAAAAUUGUGAGAUUUGUUAAUACAUUUUUCCCUUGUUCUUUUUAAAAGUUUGAUGCCAAUUAACCAGUUGGGUAAACACUUGUUAUGGAUUGAUGUAU